AGAGAGAGAGAGAGAGAGGAGGGGAAAGCAGAGCUCAAGCGAAAGAAGGUUAGCCAGCAGCGAGUUAAGAAAAUGGCGAUCAUGCAGGACGAAUGCCUCCCCUCGUAGAUGCUGCAAAAAGCGUUGAAAUUCUUUUAGCCUUACAGCCGGCUUUCCUUUCCACUCGGUUGCACUUUAUACUUCAAUGAGAGAUUCGGAAUUGAAAGCUGUUGCCACCAAAGAAGCUAAAGCAUCGUUACAGGGAACAUACCCAUAGAGGGAAGAACAGUGGAUGGAAGAGAGAGAGAGACGGAGAUUGUGACGAGGACGGAGGAUAAGAAGAUCAAGGACUGGUCAAAAGUGCCAGAGCAUACCAAGUCAAGACAGAGUCCUAAAUCCUAAAAACUUCCCCCCUUCCCCCUCCCCACAAAUACACAUAAACACACACAAUCACACACAUACAGUCCUCAGCAAUGCCAAGGGGGCCUGAUCAGCCUGCUGCCCGCUCUGACAAGCCCUGCCUCUUCACCUCGGGCCCUUGAGGGCUGAGCCCCGUGAGCGUUCACCUUUUGACCUCCCAUUUGUCGACCUUGGAACCGGAGGUCACUCGUUCACCACUCGACUCGGGGCCACGAGCCGCACUCACAGGCAUGGCUCCCAUUCGGGAUUCCGUCAGCCACUCCCCUAAUCAAACAGGUCUGGAUCACCCGGGCUUGGACUCGCAGUAUGAGCCUUCCCCCUGGUCCUCUGGCUCUCCCUGCAGCAGUGACGGCAACUCCAACUGGGGCAAAGUCCUAGUGGAGGGAAGCACGGACAAACCCAACAACCCUUCUUCAACCAACUCUUCCGUCUGGCCUCCGUCUUCUUCCUCGUUCUCUUGCUCCUCGUCUUCUUCCUCUUCUGGCUGCGGGUCAGGAUCAGACCCAGAGUUGGCGUCAGAAUGCAUGGACGCAGAUUCUAGCUCCUCGAUCGGCUCGGAGAAAAACCUCGCCGCUGUGACGACAGUGAUGAUGAUGUCAGCGAAUGCUCCUUCCUCUGUGUCUUCUACGGCUUCCUCCCCCUCCUCUAUGGUGACUUCCGACAUGAUGGUUGGCGUUUCGGUGAACGGAGACAGCAACGGCAACAGUCGUCAGAUUAUCGGCGGCGGUAUGGGAGUCAACGGCGGUGCAAAUAACGGAAAUAAUAACCUCACCGGGUCCUCCCACUACUCCACGGCUGGGUCCAGCAGUAUUGGCAGCAAUAACAUGGGCAACCACAACAAGCCCGUCAAUAACAGUGGUGUCUGGGGCAGCAGCAUAAUCUCUGGAGGGAGCACCCCCUGCAUCAAUGGAGGGUUGAACCCAAACACUUUAAACCCAAAUGCCAACCACGGUGCCUGGCCACAGAAUCCAAGCCCAUUGUCCCAGGGCCAAAGGCCUCCUCAGGCUCAGGGGAUGAAACUGGGUCUAGCUCCCCAGCAGGGCUCCAUGCUGGGCUGGGGCGGCAUGGCAGCUCCCACCAACAGCAGUAUGAUGGAAGAUGCCGUGGUGAAUAAUGGUACAGCAGGUAGCAAGGUGUUAGGAAGCAGCAGCAGCAGCAGCAGUGGAAAUGGAGGCCUACAGCCGACCAACCUUAACACUGAAUCCAACGGACCAAAUAACACUAUGAUGAUGAAUACUACGACUACUACUACUAACGCCACACUGACCUCUAGUCCACCAAACUCUACAGCCUCAGCCCAGCUCAGCGGGGAUUGUUCCUGGGGCUCUAUUGGAGGAGGGAACGUGGGUCCGCUGGCGAAUGGAAACCCCUUAUCAGCCCCCCAGCACCCCCAAGGAGAGCUGGGGGGUCCUGGGAACUUUGGUACGCCUUGGGGCGCAACUACCUACCCUGGUGAAAAGGGCCCCCUAAAUGCAGACACUGUGAACCCACAAAACCCUGCCUUAAUGCAGGCCGGGAACCCCCAAAUAUCCUCUACUGCUGCUUACAAGAGUAAUAAUAACCACAAUAACACUGGGGCCCCGCACUGGGACCAGGGGCCUGCCAAUAACCCAAACCAGCCUCAGAGCAACUCGUCCUGGGGUAAUCAAAUCCAAGGCUCUGCUGGCCAAACGCCAGGGAAUGGGAACCAAACUACAAUGGGCCCUCCAGCAGGGAUACCCCGGCCCUGGGGGAGCAGCGCGUCGUCUUCUUCCUCUUCCUCUUCGUCCUCCACCACAUCCAACAACAAGAUGCCGAAUGGAGAAUGGGGAACGCCAGCUCCUGGUAUCAACCAAUCAGAUGCUGGAAGUCAUAAAGGAAGCUCUGCCAACAAUGGCUGGAAGAGCCUGGAGGAUGACGCCAUGGGUAUGGGAGGAGGUGGAGGGGGAGGAGUAGGGGGGGGAGGUGUAGGGGGAGGAAGUCAUGCCUUAGGGAGCGUCACUGGAGGCUGGGGCCGCUCUGGAGGAAGUGAGGGAAGCGGAGAGAGCUCCGGAGGCCGAUCCAGCUCCGACCGAGACCAGUCCAAAGGGGGCAAUCGCAGGAAGGUUAUCCAUCCUGGGUCAGUAGUACCGGCUGUGCCCCCGGUCGACGUGGACCCGAGGGUCCUUUCCAACACUGGAUGGGGACAGACCCCCGUACGGCAGAACACCUCCUGGGAUGUCAACUCUCCCGUGAAUAGACAAGUUCCCAGGGGCGACGAAAGAAAGCCAAGCAGCGGGGGCUCCGGAUGGGGCACAGCAACACCGGCAGCCCCCUCCCAGACCUCUGGAGGUUGGGGUGGCGGGCCGAGCAGCUCAGGUCCAGGUCCAGGAGGCUCUGGCUGGGGUGAGCGGCCACACUCUGGGUGGGACAACAAAGCCCCAUCCAACGGAGGUGGUGGGCAGGAACGAUGGAACGAUGGAUCCAGCUACAAGGGAGGCAACAACAACAGUAACACCUGGAGCAAUAACACCAACAAAGACGACAGAUCCAAUACCUGGACUAAUGCGCCCAAACCACAGCAAGGCUGGGGUUCCCACAGUGGGAAUGGAAGGGAGAACUGGGGUCACGGUGGAGAUGGACCCAGAGGAGGGGGCAACAACCACUGGGGGGAGCACCAAAAAGGUGGCAGCUCCGCGGGCUGGGACAGGGACAGUGACAGCGACCGCUCUGGCUCCGGAUGUUGGAGCGAGCAGAGCCGAACCAACACCAGCAGCGGCAACACCUGGGCGGGCAGCGGAGGAUCAAAUACUCCGGAACAGAGCACCCCCAACCCCAGCUCCAACUGGGGCGACUCGCUCCACAAACCCAACCCACAGGGUAACAGCCAGGGCUGGGGCGAGCAGGGGAAGAACAACCAGAACUGGGGUGAGCCCAGUCCAAAGCCCUCCAACGAGUGGGGGAAAGCUCCUGAAGCCAACAUGUCCCGAGGCAAUCCACCCCCCACCAAGCCCACAGGCUGGCUGGGAGGCCCCAUACCCACAGCAGUUCAGAAGGAGGAAUCUUCAACUGGGUGGGAGGAGCCGUCUCCCGAGUCUGUUCGCAGAAGGAUGGAGAUCGAUGAUGGGACAGCAGCUUGGGGAGAACCAGCUAAACACAGCGGUGGCGGUGGACCCCAUAACAUGUGGAACAAGACCAGCCAAUCAGAGCAGGAGGCUUCGAGUCAGCCCCCUCAGCACCCUCAGCAUCCUCAGCACCCUCAGCACCAGUCCCAUCUGCCUCGCAGCUCCAUGCACCCUCCUCCGCCCGUGCAGCAGAUGGCCCAGGACAAAAGCUGUAACAGUUGGGGUGAGCCGUACGCCAAGAAGAAGGAGUCCUCAACGUGGGAGCCUCCCGCUCGUCCACCUGUGAAAGUGGACGACGGGACGUCUGCCUGGGGGAAACCCAUGGACACCAACUCCACCUGGGAGGAGCCCGGCCGGGAUAAGAGAGACUCCGCUGCGCCUGGAUGGGGCGGACAGCACAAGCCUGCUUCAGGUCCCAAGCCCAUGGAGACAUGGGGAGGGGAGGAGGGCAACAGCUGGGACCAGGAAGAGGAGGUGGAGAUCGGCAUGUGGAGCAACAGCCAACAGGACAACAGAUCCCACGACCAAAACACCUGGAACUACAAGUCUAAAGUCUCCAGCAAGAUGAACAAACCAGUCAACAAACAGGAUGAGCCCUGGAUGAGACCGUUCGUCAACCAGUUCAACAGCAUGAACUUCUCUAGAGACUCUCCUGACGACUCCAUGAAGACGGGAGCAGGGAUGGUGCAGGACAAGCGCAUGGACAUGGGCGGCAUGGGAGACUACAACGGAGUGAUGGGGAAGAACCCCGGGUCUCGGCACCAGCUCCACAAGGACUCUCCCAUGGAUCGCAGCUCCUACUAUGACAAGAAUGUAAACCCUAUGAUGGGUGGCAGCAGCGUAGCACAGGGCCGAGGCGGCCCCCAGUCGCAGAUCCCCCCCCAACCCAACCUCCGCAAUCAAGUGCCUCCACCCAUCCUGCCCUCUCAGGUGCCUCCAUCCCUGUUGAAGUACCCGGGAGGUAACGGAGGUCUGAACCCUCUGUUCGGCCCUCAGCAGGUGGCUGUGCUCAACCAACUCUCCCAGCUCAACCAGCUGUCACAGCUCAGCCAGAUCAACCAGUUACAGCGUCUUCUCCUCCAGCAGCAGCAGCAGCAGCAGCAGCAGCAGCAGCAGCAGCAGAAAGCUCAGAGCCAUAGACCCAUGCCUGUGGGACGACCCAGUGAACAGACUCGUCCUAUUGGUUCGUCUCCAUCAAUGAUGCAGCCGCCUCGCCACCUGGACCCCUCCCUGAUGAAACAGCCACCACCACACAAACCCUACAUGGAUAACUACAUGUCCCACAAUGCCCCUGACAUGCAGAAGGAUGCUGCUUCUCUUGGAUCCUUCAGCAACUUCCCUUUAAGCUUGAACUCUAACCUGAAUGUACCCCUGGACAUGAGUGUUGGUGGUGGUAGUGGCGGCGGAGCUGUGAGCUACAAAGAGCCGCCCCAGUCCAGAAUGAAGAAACUUUGGGCUACUGACCCAAUGGAGCAGGACGGCAAACCUGGUGCUAUGUCGUCUGGGCUGCGUUUGGAGGACUCUCCCUUCUACAACUUCCUGUCUCCUGGCCCGUCUCCCCUGAGUCCUCCCGGCCAAUCAAUGGGCUCGGUGGGCGAUGGCUGGCCACCCCGUGCCAACUCCCCCCUGCCCCCUGGAAACACUGUCACCUGGCCCCCAGAGUUCCGACCCGGGGAGCCCUGGAAAGGUUACCCCAACAUUGACCCUGAGACUGACCCCUAUGUGACCCCCGGCAGUGUCAUCAACAACCUCUCCAUCAACACCGUCCGCGACACAGACCACCUCAGGGACAGGAACAACGGGCCAUCCUCAUCACUGAACACCACGAUGCCUUCUAACAGUGCCUGGUCAUCCAUUCGUGCCUCCAGCCACAGCGGUUCCCUCACCAGUACAGCACAAAGCACUUCAGCCAGACCCAGUGAGUCGAAGUGGUCUCCCGGCGGCGGUUCUGUGUCCAACUCCUCCCUGGCCCACGAGCUGUGGAAGGUCCCCCUGCCUCCCAAGGCGCUGUCUGUGGCGGCUCCUUCCAGACCUCCACCCGGCCUCACCAGCCAGAAGCCCAGCUCCGCCUCCUCCGGCUGGGACAGCUCUUCCCUGAGACUGGGGGGGUGGGGCUCCACCGAGUCCAGAUACACACCUGGUUCCAGUUGGGGCGACAGCAGCAGCAGCAGCAGCUCAGGGAGAUCCCAAUGGCUCGUUCUGAAAAAUCUCACACCUCAGAUUGACGGCUCUACCCUGAGGACUUUGUGCAUGCAGCACGGCCCUCUGAUCACAUUCCACCUCAACCUGCCACACGGUAACGCUGUGGUCUGCUACAGCUCCAAGGAUGAGGCCGCUAAGGCCCAGAAGAGCCUGCACAUGUGUGUUUUGGGGAACACUACCAUUCUGGCCGAGUUUGCCAGCGAGGAGGAAAUCAACCGUUUCUUUGCACAAGGGCAGUCACUGGCCACUCCCUCCUCCGGCUGGCAGGCCAUCGGCUCCUCUCAGAGCAGAAUGGAUCAGUCUCACCCGUUUCCCAGCCGCGCUCCUGAACCCACCCAGUGGAACAGCAGCGAUCUCCACAGCUCCUCCCUCUGGGGCGGGCCCAACUAUUCCAGUAGCCUGUGGGGGAGUCCAAGCGGCACCGAGGGGGGAAGGAUCAGCAGCCCUUCUCCAAUCAGCGCCUUCCUCCCGGUGGAUCACCUGUCAGGUGGAGGGGACUCCAUGUGAACCGCCUGCCAAUCAAAACAGGCUGUGGGAAGGGUCAGUAGAGAAAAAUCAAUAAUCAGCAGAAGAAAAUGAAAAAAAAGUAGUAAAAAAAAAAAGCAAUGGCACUAGUCUGACUCUUUCUCACUUACAAGAAAUCCAACAAAGCGGGGUCUCCCCUGUGGAAAACAAGUUACGUUUCUCUUUCUGCACAUAUGUCCACUUUGUUUUAGCCCAAAAACAUAUCAGUCGGAAUACUUGAAUCAUGCAGGCCAAUUCUAUAAUGUGAACGGAUGGAUAUUUGCUUCCAGGUAGUGCUCUUUCAGACCGAAAAAAGCUUCAAUCGAGCUCAUUAUUAUAUAUAUAUAUUUUUUGUUUCAUUCGUCAUGUUUAUUUGAAUUCCAAUUAUUUUCAUUUUAACGUUUUCUUUUUGUUUUUUUUUUGCAUUUGUUUGCUGACAAUGUUGGAGUAUGAGCUUUUUUAACUUUGCACUGAAUGUGGUUUUUUCUCAGUAUAUAUAAUCUGCAAUAUAGAGGGAGCAGCCCGUUUUUCCAGUGUAGCUGUUUACUCAUUGAGGUCCUUACCGUAUGUGUGUAUGCGUGUGCACGUGCACAUAUGUGCGCGGAUGUACUUUGUGUGUGUGAGUGCGACUGAGUAUGUGUGCGCUCCUCUCUGCCUUGGCACGCCUACCUUACUGCGUUGUCGUGGAGUUCAAGAUCAACAGAUAGUUAAAGAAGAAUAAAAGCUGAAUUAGGAGGAUUAUCUGGUGAUAGAAAGUGACAUUAAAGUAUUGCACCAAUUUUGUUUUAAAACUAAAGAACGUUGAGCUCUGCAGUGCAAAGGACUGUAGCCGCAGCUGGGACUAGCAAGCCCCGCCCACCCAGUGUAAGGGGGGCGGGGUCUAUCUAGCAAGCCCUCCCACUAGCCCCCUAGUGGGCAGGGGGGAAACAGCACUUUCAGAAUAGGCUUUCGAUGUUUUGGAGGUGCCACACUGCAACCUCUUGUUUACAAGACUUAGGAGGCGGAACGUGUGUUCAUUCUUCAUUUUAAAGAGAAGAUGGAAAAAAAUACAGAAAAUCUUUAAAAAAAUAAAUAAAAAUAAAAACAGUAAAAAAAAAAAAAGUACAAAAUAAAAAAAACGUACAAAAAAAAUCCAAACUCUUAUUGAGGAUGAAGACGAUGCUUUGUAACUCUGGGAAUUCGGAUCAGUGUUUUUGGCCAUGGCGUUGGUUAUUUGAACUAUUCCUCUUUGUCUGCUAAAUAACCAGCAAUGGUUCUCAGGAAAUCAAGCCAGUUUUCCCCCCCUUGUAGGUGAAUUAAAAAAGAAACUACUACUCCUUGUAGGAAAGGAAAAUCCAACUUCUAGCACUGAAAACUAUGUAUAGGUCUGUAAGUUUUAUUUUCUCUGCCAAAUAACUGCUUUAAGCUGGAGAAGCUCAACACACUGCUUUCAAUAUGCUGUCUUUUGAGGGACGGGGGGGUCCUGAUGUGGUGGGGGGGUGUGGAGGACGGGCAAUAGAAAUCCCAACGCUCCCUCUCUCCUCCACUCCUCCACCUCCACUGAUGUUAAGAAUCAAAAGUGGGGAGUGUUUAUUGUGUGUGUGUGACUGUCAGUGGAAAUGCUCGGUCUUGUCAGACUUAUAAACCAAGAGAAAGGCGACUCUGUAUCUAUGCAUACUGUAGCCUCUCACACGGCCUACUGAGAGGCGUUUUUUGUUUUUCUUCUCACAAAAUGUUUUAAUUGUUUCAUUAAGUACAACAAAAAUGCGAACUAUAACUUGCGUUUUUGUUAUUUUAAUCGCUCUCAUUGCCACAAAUGGUGUUUUUGAAAAAAGGAAAGAAAAAGCUUAAAUAAUCAUUUGUUUUUUUUGGUUGAAGAUAAUAUUUUAACAGUGCAAAAGUCGUCCACAUUUCAUUGCCUUGAUCCUAAUUGUGUCCGAAGAUGCAACAACAAGUCAAGUGGCUUCUACCUGUUUACAAAUAGAAUAUGAUUGUAUUGUUGUACUGUUUUUUUUCUUUCCUUGGGGUUGGGGAGGGAGGGGGGAUGCUCAUCUGAAGUUCCUGAAUUGUGUGUGUGUGUGUGUGUGUGUGGGUGGCUCUGAACCGGCAGGUGUAAGUCUGGUCGGAGGCUCCUGUUGCAAGAGCGGCGUGAAUGUAAAUCCACCAGUGGUGUUUGUCGACUAAAUACACGUGUGAAUAACAGAUUGACCUAUCUACCAGUGAUUGUUUAGUAACUGAUGCACAAUUACCGGGGGAAAUCAAAAAGCUUCAGAGGGUGCGUGAAAGAAGUCAGCAUUAGCGAAGCCAUGGACCUUAAUUUCUUUUUCUUCAUCGUGUAAUUGCUCUGUUGAAGCCUGUGUGCGCGUGUCCCCCCCCUAUAGGUUUUUAUUUCAGAAGUACUAGAAGACGUUGGCUUAAUUUGUGUUUUUUGAAGUUAAGUCGUGAAUAUUUACCAACUUCAAAGCUUGCGUAGUGAGACAGAACCUCGAGUAUUAGCCAGAUGUGACCGUGGUGCGUGCCAGUAUUGAACUGCUCUCUACCAAAUAAUUCAAUCAUACAAAAGAUUAGUUUACUUAUUCCAGAAUCUCUUUGCUUAAACUAUACAUAUAUAUCUUAUUUGUUUUUGUCUGUCAAGUGGAACAUCUGAACCAUAUUUGUUUUUUGAGUUAACUUAAUUUGACAAAUUGAACUGAGGAGCCUUGGAUUUUGCACUUGGGUGGAUUAGAGGAAAAGGCCGAGUGAGCGGAGAGCAAAGCCGAGAUGGAACGUGUCGUUUUGGAUUAUCAGGUCUGUCUGAGGGCGAAGAUGCGUCUGAGAGCAUUGUGACAGGGUAGUGUGUGUGUGUGUGACUGUGUGACUGUGUGACUAGAGAAGAUGGUGCUUUGUUGGCCCCCAGUGAGGGAGCAAAGAGAGGGUCGUCCUCUCCAGGUUUACCUCUCACUGUUCACCGGGCUGGCUCGCCACAGCGGCAAUCUCGCCACGCCGCCUGAACCGAGCCUGAAUGUAGCUGAAAAUGUUUUUGAAAGAAUAACAUUUUACUUUGCCGAGACUCGAUCUGCCUUCUCCGGUACGUGAUCAGCCUCAAACAUGGAAAAAUAUCAAGUAAAUUAACUUCCGCUUUUUCUUUGUAUCUCAAUCAGUAUUUGGCAACUGUCCACGGCCCAUGUUGUUACGGCAACCGUUGCCGCGGAGACGCUCCUGUCUCAGCUUGACUGAAUCAAGGGUUCUUAUUGGCCCGUAGCAACUAGGGAACAGGACUGAGACUUCUGAUUGGCUGGUUCCUCCUGGCUUUUUGUUGGUAUCAGGGACACGGGGCUACACUUGCCUAUCCGCUGGCUGACCCAGGAUCAGCUCUUCCUCUCCGACCCCUAAGCUUAACUAAGGAGAGGGAAUGCAAAACAGAAACUGACAGGAAGUCCGGGGGCAAGUGACCCUCAAGCAGUCUAUUUAUUUCCUUAUUGCAAUUAUUAUACACUUCGUUCAUUCUGAUUUUUGGCAAUGCUUCUCCUAGCGCCGAUCCCGGGAGUAGUUCUGUCCCUCGUCAGUAUCCUUACCUUAACCAAUAACGGGACUCGGAUCAGGGGCAGGAGGCCGCGUCGCUCUGCUGUUAGUGAAGGGACAAGCAACGUCUGUAAACGCCUCAUGUUCAUGUUACUGUUUUGUUCUCCGGCUUAAUCUCGCUGUGUUUCUGUCUCGUCGAAUCUACUGUUAGUGUGUGUGUGUGUGUGUGUGUGGGGAGAUGCAAAAACCCAGUCAAGUACAGAAACUGUGUGUAUGUUCGAACACAUUAUCAUGCCAAAUCGAGGAGAGAGGUUAAGAGGGAAGGAAAGGGAUUGAUUUGAUUUCUUUUCUCUCUUUUUUUUUUGCGUGUUGUAUAAGUGUGUGUUUGUGUAUUUAAAAAAAAGAAAAAGCUGGACAAUGUAAAAUGCUUGAAGAAAUCAUUUGCAAAAGGAUGAUGUGAGGAAAACCACCACGAGCAAUGUACAAUCCCCAGGGCUGCCAAGCAGCUUCCCGACAGGGCCAGACGAGGGGAGGGAAGAAGGAAAGGAAGAGGGAGGGAGGGUGUAGGAAAGGAGGGAAGCUGGCUGGUGAUACUCUACUACUUUUUAAUGUUUAAGAAAAAAUAAUGUGACUGUUUUUCUCUUGACUUAACUAUCCUGUGAGCAAAUGCUAUAUUAUAUAUCAUAACACCCAACGGCUCCUACUGUCGAUCAAAAGGCUAUUUUUGUUGACGCAAAAAAAAAAACUGAAAACAACAAAAAAAAACGAAAAAAAAAAACACAAA